AUGAUCCUGAACUAUCCGCCACCAACGCUGAUUAAUUAUGGCAAAAAACUUCCCGAAGGAGCUAAAGAAUAUGAUGUUAUGAAGGACCGGAUCACUGGCAUAUAUGAAUUCCUCGAUAAGACACGCCACGUUCAAGACAAUGACUUCGUCCUUAUCGCCGACGGUACAGACUUCUUCUUCCAAUUGCCCCCAGAUGUGUUGAUCCAACGAUUCCAAAAGCUUCUGAAGGAGAACAACGCGAAGCUGCAACAAAAGUAUGGUCUGGUGAUGGUGGAAAAGGCCUUUGAACAGACUCCUCCGGAGACAGUGCAAAAGUAUACACAGAGAGUUCUAUUUAGCGCCAGCAAAGAAUGUUGCCCUGGCCUCUCUCAUGAUGCAGGAUGUGUUGCAGCACCGGAGUCCAGCCUCCCCCCUGACAUUUAUGGGUGGAAGACCGACCGCUACCCGGACGGCACCCUUACUCGACCGCGGUGGAUCAAGCCAGGCGCAGUGAUCGGCCAAGUCGCAGAUCUGAAGGCAAUUUAUGCUGAGAUACUGCGCUUCGUUGAACACAACCACAAUGCGCAAGGGGACUAUGUCGCCCUGACCCAAUUAUUCGGACGACAAGAGUACGUCCGGGAACUGGAAAGGCGCAGAACUUCUAACCCAUUCAUGGAAUGGAUGUAUACACAGAUCGGCAUUUCCGAAGCCUCGAAUCUUACAGGGCUGAAUCCGCGCUUGGAGACCGGACGCCGGUACGAGUACGGUAUUGGCGUUGACUAUGAAUCCCAGCUUUUCUUUAACAUGUGGAAUUCCAAGAACGACGUGGAAUGGUUACAGUACAACAAUGUCUCCAAGACAUCCUCCGUCCAGAUGCAGCAUGGCGUCCCACGGGAGAGGCGCCUUUUGCUUCCCGAGGAUCUCAAUCCCGAGCAAGUCAGCAAUCCAUUUAUCCAGCCCAAGGUUGGCAAAGAUGAGCCUCUCACCCCCCCUUACAAUGCUACGCUGGACGCCCUCCCAAACCCCCAGCACCGUUCAUGGCACAAUCUCCCCCUGCUGACCAAUGUCCACUCGGCCACGGUCCCUGCCCUGGUUCGCCUGGACGGAGACCCAAAGCUGCGAGAUACGUGGUGGUCCAAGAUGUGGUAUUACCCCUGGGCACGAGCUCUUCUCCGCAAGUAUGUGCGCUCCCCAAGUGGGUUCGAAGCCGCGCAGUCGGCCUUACUAGGAGGCCAAGAGUGGUGGGAUCUGCGAGGCGGUAAGGGUGGUAUUUGGACCGAGAAAGGCGAGUGGAUCGAUUACAGCGAAGUCUGCGUGGGCUAUGAACGGGAUCUGUUCAAUGAUGGUUUCGGAAAAUGGAGGAGAGAGGACGGAGACUCCGACGAGCCGGUUUAUAACCAGUUUGGCCAGUUGAUCAAGGGCAAAGAAGACUGA